AGAUUGAGCCUCCUUCCUAUGUGAGUCCGAACCCUAAAAACUCAAAAAACUUCCGCUCGAACCCAAAUCCAAAAACAAAAAACUAACUUAUAUUUUAUUACAAAAUCUUUCGCUUUUUUCAGAUCAAAAACCUCAAAAAGAAUGUCUUCCAUUAAGGAAGAAGAUCUAAUCAUUAAGGAUGAAGAACCACAACGACAACCAGAAGAACAGGAACCCGAACAAAUCGGAGAAGACGGAGAUGACGAAGAUGAGGAACCUGAAGAAGAUGGAGAAUCAGAGGAUCUCACGAUUUCGAAUCUCGAGGCAACAAUCGCUACUCCCAUUGCUUCUGCACCACCACUAAACGGCACAUCUUACCAGACUCCACCACCACCACCACCACAACCACAACAAACACCUAUCACGGCGGCGAUGGGAACUGGGACGGCAAAAUCAAUAAUAUCGACUUCUUCAGGUGAUGAAUCGAGGAAGCUAUUUCAGAGGCUGUGGACAGAUGAAGAUGAGAUUGGAUUACUACAAGGUUUUUUAGAUUUCAAUACUCAGCGUGGAACCCUGAAUUCAUCCUAUCAUCACGAGACAGGUCCGUUUUAUGAUCACAUUAAGAAUCGAUUGAAUCUUGAUUUUAAUAAGAGUCAAUUAGUUGAGAAACUGAGAAGAUUGAAAAAGAAGUACCGAAAUGUUGUUGCCAGAGUUAAUUCAGGUAAGGAUUUUAAUUUUAAGACACCACAUGAUCAAACUACUUUUGAGAUUUCGAGGAAGAUUUGGAGUGGUAGUCAUAAUUGUUCUAACAUUGUUGACGAGACACUAGUUAUAAUGGAAGAUGAUAAUAACAAUAAUAACAACAACAACAACGAAACUACUGGUAAUGCGGAGAUUAAACCCAAUGUUUGUGUUAAUGGAAAUGAUGACAAGAUUCCGAGGGGGGUGAUGGGGGGAGUGAGUAGUACUCUGCUGCGCAAGAGGGGUGUGAAAAGACCUGCGGACGAAGAAUUGAUGAAAACAUGUGGGAGUAAGGACAUGGAGUCAAAUUCUGGGAGUGUGAUUGAGGAAACAGUUAAGAGUUGUCUUACUCCUUUGUUUAAGGAAUUGAUAAACUGUGUGAUGAAUGGGCAGUCUAAUGCGGGAUUCUUGGGGUUUAAUGGUAUGGGUUUGAAUCCUUUGGGGGCUGCUGGUAAGGAUGAGGUGAUUGAUGAGAAGUGGAGGAAACAACAGAUUUUGGAAUUGGAGGUUUAUUCGAAGAGGGUGGAAUUGGUUCAAGAACAGAUUAAGUCUGCAUUGGAGGAUUUGAAAUCGACGGGGAUAGAGAAAGUGGAUGUUUGAUCAAAUGCGGGAUCUUCUUCUUCUUCUUUUACUAGUAAGUUUUUCUGUUUUAUUUGUAAAUUUGGUGGAAGUGGGUUAGUCUGCAAUUAUUGGUUGAUAAUACAAUUGCACCUUUAACUUCUAAGUAGUUGAGAAAAGAAUGAAUUCAUAUAAUUCAGUGUUGGUUCUAAUUGGUUGAUCCAAAUUCUUUCAAUCCCGUGUAGAUGGAAAAACUGAUAUCUUUGUUUUCGUUGAUUGUUAUUCUAUAAAAUUUUGAUUCUGUUAAUUCUCUUUCAAUAAAAUCUUUGAUAUCCCCUA